GUUCGUUAUUAAUGUCAGAUGUGCUGCUCGUUUUAGAGCACAUUGGAAUUGGAAGUCCUGACAAAUGAGACUAAUAAGGUGGGUAGAUAAGGCCACCUAGAUAUUUAGUUUGCCCAAAUACUCCAAUCUGCAAACCUUCAAUUUUCAAAUAUAACUCCUAAAUUACGGGUCAAUGUUUUGGCUAGUAUCCAAUCUUGUAGGUAGCAGCUUUUUACUCAAAACGUAAGAUUCCCAAAUUUCGCAUGCAUUGGAUGUCGUGAACAAGGGAAUCGUAUGACGGACGACUACUAUUGAUUCUAGUUGCUGGCGUCCCAGCAAUUGAAGAUUCUUUACGCUUUCUCUAAGUUACAUUGUUCAUGUGAAGGAGUUUUUUGGCCGAGAAGAACCCAAAUCUCUUCAAUUUUGUUUCGGGUAUUGCUGAUCUGAAGAAUCGUGAAUUGGUGAAAGCUUAUUUUACGUUUUUGUUGGUUUAAAUCUUCAUGGGUUUCUUUGGCUCCGUCUCCGAGAGCCCAUGGGGAUUGCAGAGCUUAGUGAGGAGAAAGCAGGUGGAUUCAGCUCAUAGUAAGGCUCGGGGCGACCAACUUGCCAAGCAUCUCUCUGUGUUUCAGCUCAUUCCAAUUGGUGUUGGGUCGACUAUUGGAGCUGGUGUAUAUGUCCUUGUUGGGGCAGUUGCCAGAGAGCACACAGGGCCAGCCCUUACCAUUUCCUUUUUGAUAGCUGGAAUAGCUGCUGCCCUUUCAGCAUUUUGCUAUGCUGAACUUGCAAGUCGUUGUCCAUCUGCAGGCAGUGCAUAUCAUUAUUCAUACAUUUGUGUUGGAGAAGGGAUUGCCUGGCUGAUUGGUUGGGCACUUAUCUUGGAGUAUACAGUGGGUGGGUCUGCUGUUGCCCGGGGAAUCUCUCCUAAUCUGGCUCUAUUCUUUGGAGGGGAAGAUAAUUUGCCAGCAUUUUUAAUUCGUCGCCAUUUUUUUGGUACUGAUGUCAUAGUUGAUCCAUGUGCUGCAAUCCUUGUAAUUAUUGUGACUGGACUUUUAUGUGUGGGAAUUAAAGAGAGUGCAAUUGUUCAAGCCAUUGUCACAUUUGCAAAUGUAUGUGUCAUGAUAUUUGUCAUCGUGGCUGGCAGUAUUAUUGGCUUUCAGAUUGGUUGGCCCGGAUAUAAGCUGGCUAAUGGCUAUUUUCCAUUCGGAUUUAAUGGUGUGCUAAGUGGGGCAGCAACUGUUUUCUUUUCCUAUAUUGGUUUUGAUACAGUUGCUAGUACUGCUGAAGAGGUCAAGAACCCACAACGUGAUUUACCACUAGGCAUUGGCAUAGCACUUUCCAUAUGUGGUGGACUAUACAUGCUUGUGUCAGCUGUUAUUGUUGGCAUUGUACCAUACUAUUUAAUGGACCCAGAUACUCCAAUCUCAUCUGCAUUUUCAGCUCAUGGCUUACAUUGGGCAAUGUAUAUUGUUACUGCUGGUGCAGUGGCUGCACUUUCAUCUACAUUGAUGGGUUCCAUUCUUCCUCAGCCCAGAAUAUUGAUGGCAAUGGCUAGAGAUGGAUUACUGCCUUCAUUUUUCUCUGAAAUCAACAGAACUACUUUUGUUCCCAUUAAUAGCACAUUACUAACUGGGUGUGGUGCUGCUAUUAUGGCAUUUUCAAUGGAUGUUUCUCAAUUGGCAGGCAUGGUUAGUGUUGGUACACUACUUGCUUUUACAAUUGUGGCAGUUUCUAUUCUUAUACUGAGAUAUGUACCACCAGAUGGGGUGCCUGUUUCAGCUUCACUUCAGGAAUCAGCAGAUGUGGAGACCUUACCACAGAGUUCUCAAGGAAAUUAUAGUGAAGAAUCUCGAGUUUAUCCAAAUUCCACAGAACAUACGGUAUUUCAAGAACCUCAAAAUUCUGAAGAGAAGGCAGAUUUUCUAGAGCCUGAUAAAAGAGUUACUGCUUCCCUUGAAAACCCUUUGAUUUUAAAGGAGAUGCAUGAUAGUGGUCAUAACAGAAAAUCAAUGGACCAAAAGAGACGAAAAGCUGCAGCCUUGAGCAUUUCCUCUGUAUGCAUUGGAGUUUUAAUUGUAACUGUUACAGCAUCUGCUGAGUGGUUUCCAAGCUGGGUUCGAUGGUUUAUGGGAGUGAUUGGAGUGCUUUCGUUGUUUUGUGGUUUGAUUGUACUGACAAUGAUUGAUCAAGAUGAAGGACGACAUAGCUUUGGACAUAGUGGGGGAUUUAUAUGUCCAUUUGUACCAUUUCUUCCGGUGGCAUGCAUUCUGAUAAACACAUACUUGUUAAUCAAUCUGGGGGCAAGUACAUGGAUCCGAGUUUCCAUCUGGCUUGUGCUUGGAGUAGCAAUCUAUUUGUUCUAUGGCAUCAACCAUAGUCGGUUAUCAGAAGCAGCCUAUGAGCCAACCUCGCAAGCAGACGAUAUGCCUUGAUCCCCUACUUGAGUGUUCAUGCAAUGCCUCAGAUUAUGUAUAAUUUCUUCUUAUUUUUCCCCUAGAUGGGCCAAAGCAUGUGCUUAUUAUUUCUGAUUCUGGCUGCCCAGCCAUAAUCAUCCCCUUUGUGUUAAUAUGGUGAAGCCUUUUGCUAAUGUAAAAAUUAGAACAAUGUGUAACAUUUCUCAAGCGUGGCUUCAAUUUCAGGCAGAUUCACAAUUCGUGAAUCUGGAUGUGUUUGUAAAGAUAUUAUACAUCUCAGGAGAUGAACGAUUACUCUCCGGUAUUCAUUCAUCCAUUAUUACAUUUGAAUUCCUUUCAAGGCAUUAAGUUUUGAUGCUACCAUGCCAAACUAAGUUGCCUUUCUGGUUGUAAACUGAACAUUUAUAUAUUUAUGAAUGAUACUUAAAGCUA